UAUAUUAAUUUCAACACAAUAACUAUUCUGUUUAAGAUCAAGAAACAAGGAAGUGAAGAGAGCUCUCCUGAACUGUACAUGUCAUUGUGACAUUACCAUUAAGGUGAAGUUAUUUAAACAUUAUUCUUUUUUCAUAUAAUAUCUUGUUUUGUUUGUGAAUUGUGUUGUCAUGGCGGCCGUCAACAAAUGUUUUUAUAUUGUCUUUUAUUGUCCAUUUAGUGCAUGCUUUUUAUAUUUUUAAAAAUUGUUUUCUUAAAGUUUACUUUCAUUCUUUCAGUAUAUAGUUUUUGUUUAAAUCUUUUGGUGAAAAAGUCUAAUUCUUUUAGUUUUAAAGUAUUAUUUUCAGAGGUUUCCAGUCAAAGACAGUCUUAUUUGGAAGUGAAAAAGAUCAAGCAACAAGGAAGUGAAGAGAGCUCUCCAGAACUACUUACCAUUAUAAAGGAAUGCUCUAGAUUUCCAUUUGCAUUUGCAUGUCCCGAUAUGACUUCCUCUACGGUCGUUAAAUGUCUCAAUGAACUAUUCGCCCUAUUUGGAUUACCAGCGUACGUCCACAUUGACAGGGGAACUUCGUUUAUGUCUACAGAGGUGCAGUAUUUCCUCCACGAGAGAGGAAUUGCAACCAGUAGAACGACACCUUACAGCCUGAGAGGUCACGGACAAAUAGAUAAACUUAACGGGACUUUAUGGAAAGCCAUCACCUUGGCUCAACGUUCUAAGGAAUUGGACAUAGCUAAAUCGGAACUAGUACUAAAUGAUGCUUAUCAAUCCAUACUGUCAUUACUAUGCACUGCAAUUAACAAGACACCACAUGAACGACUUCUUGGGUUCAACCAAAGAAGUGGUUGCGGGACAUCCUUGCCAACAUGGUUGACCAGUCCUGGUCCUGUCCUGCUGAAGAAGAACGUUAGAUCAUCUAAAUAUGAUCCCAUAACAGAGGAAGUUGAUUUGGUAACAUGCAACCCUCAGUACACCAAACGGCCGAGAGGAAACUGUCUCAUUACGAAUGUUAGCCCCUAGGGAGGAACAAAAAGUUAUAGAAAAUGAGAAUCAGAGUAGAACAGAGCUUGAUAUUGGCUGCCCCGUUCAAAGCUCACCUCCCAGGAAUCAACCGACUGAUUCUAUCAUGCCUGAAGAAACCACCAGCACCACCGAAGACAUAGCCAGACCGUCCGAAACUCAAGCAGAUGAAACUACACAUACAAUCUUAGAGUAAGGAGAACUAGGCCCAACUACAAAGUGUAAAAGCUCAUCAGCUUACUGGA